AUGGAACUCCCUGGACAGCACAUGGCAAUGCAGCAGUGGAAACAGCACCUUCCACACCAUGAAGACUCUCCGUCUGAGCCCGUCAUGAAGACAGCAAGCCAUCAAAUCGAUGAGGGCCAAGUUCUUACUAUUCCACACACCGUCACCAUGAGUGGGCAAGUUAAGAGGAAAUUUGAGGAGGUGACUGAGAACCCAGCAAUGCCCAUUCUUAAGAGGUCCAAGAAGAAACGGCAAACCAAUGUGACCUUUGGUCAGGUGACGACGUUCUCCUUCCCACGGUGUCAGGGCUUCACUGGAGUUCCACAGAAAGGAGGCUGCACCCUGGGAAUGAUGCCACACCACAGCGACCAACAAACCUAUUCAGUCACCGAGUAUGACGAGAAGCUGGUUUCCCGACGCCGGAAAAUAAUCUUGAAUGGACUCAAGCAAGUCGAGCGACAGGGGCAUCUGCCAGAGCUGACUAAGAAAGAACGCCGACAGUGCAGGUUUGCUGAUCAGCUCAAGAGUAUUCCUCAGAGUGCUGUCAACAGGAAGGCCAUAAACUGGGAGAAGCGCUUGAUUCCCCGGAAGUUCACACCUGAGGGCCGUUACGCGCUGCUUAAAGCAGCUGGUGUAGAGCACAUCGACGUGGAGGAGGAGAUGCAGCUCCAGAACCUGAGGAUCUCCAGGCAGAACCGUGGCUGUGACUGCAAGGGCGUCUGCGAUCCUGCAACCUGCAGCUGCAGCCUGGCCGGCAUCAAAUGUCACGUAAAACGUACCACAUUGAUUUGUGGCUGCACUGAAGACAGCUGUGGAAACACCCAAGGUCGCAUCCAGUCCAACCCCAAAAGGGUGCUCGCCCAUCGCUGGAGGACCCUGCUGAGACUGGAGUCUGAGAAAGAGGAGGAGGACGCCGCUGAAGACACCAGACGCUCCCUACAGCCACCCUGGACCAACACAGACUUUCACUGGGUUUUUUAA